UACUCUGAAAAUGCAUUUAUGCUGAUAUCUAGUGCCCUCACUCAGAUGUUGUAAAGAAAUAUAGACUUUGUCCUACAAACAUUAAGCAACUUGUAUCACAACAUAUUCUCAUGUUCUCAGGUGGAUUCUACAUAAAAUAUCAUUCAAGCAGAAAAUUAUGUGUACAAAGCAAGUCUCCCCUCAGCAGUGGCCUGCGAACAGCCAGAGAAAAGCAUGCAUAGAAAGUAGUAGAUAGAAGAUGAGUAGAGUUGGAGCUAGUGGUCGUCAGCAGGCUGGCGGGCCCGGAGAGAGGCAGGGGGCGAGUAGAGCCCUAGUGACAUCUCCAAACUUGUCAGCACAGUGGGGUGGACAACACAUCUCACCCUGCCCUCUGCACCCGAUCACAAGAUCAACAAGGACAAAGCUGUUUUCCCUCGACCCACACACCACCCUUUCAGCCCCAACCGAGACAAACUGCAGCUGGAUAGGGGGGAACUGUUCCACAGGUGUCCUCUGCUAAGGAUCCUUUCAUAUUUCCAUAUUUGAUACUCAUCCUUUGGACCUGAACCUGCCCUUGAGUCAGUCAGUCAUGGUCGCUCCAGUGUUCUUCAUACUGGGAUACAUCUACUCUUUUAGCCUCCUGCCCCUGCUACUGCCUGGUUGGAGCCAGGGCAGUCCCAUCAUGUCCCCCGAGGAGCCUCGACGGGGCCCUGGGGCCAGGGGUCUGGUGGAUACCUCCAUGUUGGAGCAGGAUCAGGAUGUAGAGCUGGACAUACAGGACUCUCUGGGUCAGUUUCUGUCUACGUUGAACCUCACAGAGCUGGAGGCCCGGGUCAGGCCCCGUGCCACACGUAAAGAGACACCAGAAUACAUGCUGGAACUGUACAACCGCUUUGCCAACGGUCACACAGCGGUGCCCUCUGCCAACAUAGUGCGUAGUUUCAAGAAUGAAGAUUCCUCCCCCUACAGUGUGACAGUCAGGGGCAUGAGGAGACACCCCCUGCUGUUCAACAUCUCCAUCCCCCACCACGAGCACAUCUUCACCGCCGAGCUCCGCCUUUACACCCUGGUCCAGAAGGACCGCAGACACUACGGCGGCCUUGACCGCAAGGUGACCGUCUACAAGAUACACGAGGGGGGGCACUGGAGGAAAGAAGAGGGGAGGGACAGAAGAAAGAAUGAGCAGGAGACAGAUGAAAUUGAGGAAAUGGAGGAGCUGGCAACCCGGCACGUCUAUGGUAAAGACGAUGUCUGGGUUACCUUCGACCUGACCAAUCAGGUCAACCUUUGGCGGAAGGCAGAGAGCUCCACCCACCGACUGGAAGUCCACAUUGCAAGUCUGAGGUGCAAAGGUGGGAAGAUCCGCCAGGAAGUCAGAAAAGAGGAUGGAAAGAAAGUGGAUGUUGACAUGGGCUCGGGUGAGAAACACAAGCCAGUGGUUAUUGUGUUCUCAGAUGAUCAAAGCAGAGACCAUCAUGAGGAGGACAUGGGGGAGCUCAACUGGAUGAUGGAACAUGAGAACGACUUGCCGGCUGACCUGGAGCUGAGUCCACACGGGAACCGGGGGUACCAGGCUGGGAGCGAUGCAAGGAACACUGAUGGAGUGGAGCUGGAUGAGGAGACUCUCAUGCAACUGCACUCCAACCUCUAUUACGACACUCCUCCCCGAAUCCGCCGCAACGUCAAGGGUGACCCCUGUAAGAAGAUCCCUCUCUAUGUGGAUUUUAAGGACAUUGGCUGGGAUACCUGGGUCAUACAGCCCAUGGGCUAUGAAGCCUACGAGUGCAAUGGUGUAUGCAGCUACCCUAUGACCUCUGAGGUCUCGCCUACCAAGCAUGCCAUUGUCCAGACUCAGCUGAGCAGUAAGAUUCCACAGAAGGUGUCACCAGCCUGCUGUGUUCCUACCAAGCUAGAGCCCAUCUCACUCCUUUACGAGGAUGGAGGAGUGGUCACCUACAUGCACAAGUACGAGGGCAUGGUGGUGGCAGAGUGCGGCUGUAGAUAGUCAUAGAACUGACUGAAGGUUCAGGAGAGAAUUAUAGAGACUUUGGAUUAGCAUAGACUGAGUGGUCAUCAGUUUCACUAUCAAAGAAGAAAACCAGAUCAUAAGUGCCGAUUUGAAAAUAACAUCCAUUUCCACAAGCAUCAAGGAUACUUGCUUUGUGCGCUAGAAACUGAUAUAUAGUAGGGCAUGAAUAAUUUAUAUUUACAGUAUCUAAUGAACACGCCGCUUCAACUACAUUUUAAGAUAAAGAUAAACAGGAGGAGUAAAUAGGAAGAUGACAGAGCAAAAGGGUGCAUUAUAUGAUGGAAAUUUGUCAUUUGUGAAAGUACAUUUCUUAUUAUAUGGAGAUUAUAUAAAAUGCUAUUUUAUAAUGCCAGCAAUAUAAUGUCAUUUUGUAAAACAAAAGAGAAACACAAAAAAUAUUUGAAUGUGAAUAUUAUGCUGUUCUUUAUAGUUUGUAUAUGUUUGUCAUCUUACAUUUUACUUUAAUUAUGACGAUUUGUUGGUAUGUACUGUCAGAUAUGCACAAAACUCUCUUGGUUUAAAUGACAGAAAAACAGAACAGAUCACUCCUGCAUGCACAGUAUAUAUACAUGCUGUUACAUAAAUAUAACCAUAUAUUCUACAUGCAAAGACAGAUGCUCAUUCUAAAAGAGCGCAGGAUGAAUGGUGUUUGAUAUUUCAAAUAUGAGUGCUUCCAUGAUGGACUAGAUGUCAUAAAAUGUGAAAUGAAAUGUAUUAUAGAAACACGUGUGUUCCAGAAAUGUAUUAUGGGAAUGGAACUUUGUUUGAGGUCGUCUUUUACAAAGGCCUGUGGACAAGCCAUGACUACAUGUUCACUACAGACGAUAAUCUUGCUUUGAAUAGAGUGGUAUUGUGCCAAAUGGCAUUGAUAAAUGCAAUUGCCAUAUGAAAAACCUUUCAAAAA